CCAGUCCUCUCUUCAUCCGGGUACCUGCAGUUGACUGUGUGGGUACGGAGGCGGGAAAUGGCGUCCAGAGGUGCGGGGAGGACAGAGGUGAACCUCGUCUGAAGAGGCACGCAAACAACAGCAAGUGUCAGCAGCCCUGAAAUCGACCGUUGUCCUGCGACUCGAUCCCGCGGAGCUUCGUCCAUCUUACAUGUAACUCUAAACAAAAUGAGGCUGAGAAUGCGCAAGGCGUCUCAGCAGCCAAACCUCGCCCGCAGGCCCGGCCCGGCCCGGACCAAGCGAAAGCACUCUGAGAUGGAGGAGUGCUCAGGUGAAAGCAAGGGUCUUCUCUCCAGCAUCAAGAAGUUCAUCCAUGGAAGUUCCAUCAAGGUGGAGCAGGACAACCCAGCAAAGAGGAAUCGUCUGAGCUGCGAGCUGAUCACCUCCACCCCACAGAGGAACAAUGACCUGCAAAGGAAAAGCAUCUACAGGGCCCGUCGAAGAAGCUCCGUCAAUGGUGAAACCACUAACCAUGACACGAGUAAGCCUGUCAAGCCUAAUGGGAAGUUGGAGGACCCUGAGGAGGUUGUGAACAGUCCACCCCGCACCACCCUGCUUGGAACCAUCUUCUCUCCUGUCUUCAACUUCUUCUCACCAGCAAAUAAAAAUGCCUCGGAUUCCCCAGGCCAGGCGGUGGAGGCGGAAGAGAUUGUGAAGCAACUAGAAAUGGAGCAAGUAGAAGAGAUGCCCACCAGUACUGCCACAUCUAGAGAGUCCCUAAGUGUCCCUCUCUAUACCAGUGCCAUGCCAUCUGCCUUUAGACCUCCAUCCUCCACUCACACACCUGCAGAGGAGAGUGAAAACACCCCCCACUCUGACCUGCCGCCUCUUACAGCUCCUGGCUCUCCUGCAACAGUGGGGUAUGUGGACACCUCUAUUACUGUCCCAGCUGAAGGAUCAUAUGAGGAGGAGUGGGAGGUGUUUGACCCGUAUUUUUUCAUCAAACAUGUACCUCCGCUAACAGAAGAGCAGCUAACUCGCAAACCCGCACUCCCUCUGAAGACUCGCAGCACUCCUGAGUUCUCCCUGGUGCUUGACCUGGAUGAAACCCUUGUCCAUUGUAGCUUGAAUGAGCUGGAUGAUGCAGCACUAACCUUUCCUGUCCUCUUCCAAGAUGUCAUAUAUCAGGUUUAUGUGCGAUUGAGGCCAUUUUUCAGAGAGUUCCUUGAACGCAUGUCUCAGAUUUAUGAGAUCAUUCUCUUCACUGCCUCUAAGAAAGUUUAUGCAGACAAGUUGCUGAACAUUCUCGAUCCGAGGAAACAGCUGGUGCGGCACCGAUUAUUUCGUGAGCACUGUGUUUGUGUGCAAGGAAACUACAUUAAGGAUCUGAAUAUCCUUGGACGGGAUUUGUCCAAGACUAUAAUUAUCGAUAACUCGCCACAAGCCUUUGCUUAUCAGCUCUCCAAUGGGAUCCCUAUUGAGAGCUGGUUCAUGGACAAGAAUGACAACGAACUUCUGAAGCUGGUCCCUUUCUUGGAGAAACUGGUGGAAUUGAAUGAGGAUGUGCGGCCACAUGUCCGUGAACGGUUUCGGCUGCAUGACCUCCUUCCCCCUGACUGAGGGUACAUAGUGGGACAGGACAGUAAAAAAGACAACAAAUGCAGAUAAACAUUUUGCAUUACAACAUCAUUGCCAUUACUAUUCAAAUUAACUUUUUUUUUAUCCCCCAAAAUUUUCAUCGCUAAGAUAACAUCAAAAAAAUGUUGUCUGAACAUUUUGACACUUUUUC